GGUGUCUUUCCCCAAAUAUGGAGCCUGUGUGGAGUGAGUGGGGCGGCCCGGGGUGGUGAGCCAAGCAGACUUCCAUGGGCAGGGAGGGGCGCCAGCGGGCGGCAGAGGGGUGACAUCACUGCCUAGGCGGCCUUUAAACCCCUCACCCAGCCGGCGCCCCGGCCCGUCUGCCCCAGCCCAGACACCGAAGCUACUCUCCUUCCAGUCCACAAACGACCAAGCCUUCUCUGCCUCAACAUGGCCAACAAGGGUCCAUCCUACGGCAUGAGCCGAGAAGUGCAGUCCAAAAUUGAGAAGAAGUAUGACGAGGAGCUGGAGGAGCGACUAGUGGAGUGGAUUGUAGUGCAGUGUGGCCCUGAUGUAGGCCGCCCAGAUCGUGGGCGCCUGGGCUUCCAGGUGUGGCUGAAGAAUGGUGUGAUUCUGAGCAAAUUGGUGAACAGCCUGUAUCCUGAGGGAUCGAAGCCAGUGAAGGUGCCUGAGAACCCACCCUCCAUGGUCUUUAAGCAGAUGGAACAGGUGGCUCAAUUCUUGAAGGCAGCUGAAGAUUAUGGAGUCAUCAAGACUGACAUGUUCCAGACUGUUGACCUCUAUGAAGGUAAGGAUAUGGCAGCAGUGCAGAGGACUCUAAUGGCUUUGGGCAGUUUGGCUGUGACCAAAAACGAUGGAAACUACCGUGGAGAUCCCAACUGGUUUAUGAAGAAAGCCCAGGAGCAUAAGAGGGACUUCACAGACAGCCAACUGCAGGAGGGGAAGCACGUCAUUGGCCUUCAAAUGGGCAGCAACAGAGGAGCCUCGCAGGCUGGCAUGACAGGCUAUGGGCGACCCCGGCAGAUCAUCAGUUAGAAAGGGAAGGCCAGCCCUGAGCUGCAGCAUCCUGCUUAGCCUGCCUCACAAAUGCCUAUGUAGGUUCUUAGCCCUGACAGCUCUGAGGUGUCACUGGGCAAAGAUGACUGCACAUGGGCAGCUCCCACCUAUCCUUAGCCUCAGCCCAGCAUCUUACCCCAGAGCCACCACUGCCCUGGCCCCUGUUCCCAGCUGUACCCCCACCUCUACUGUUCCUCUCAUCCUGGAGUAAGCAGGGAGAAGUGGGCUGGGGUAGCCUGGCUGUAGGCCAGCCCACUGUCCUUGAUAUCGAAUGUCCUUUGAAGGAGACCCAGCCCAGCCUCUACAUCUUUUCCUGGAAUAUGUUUUUGGGUUGAAAUUCAAAAAGGAAAAAAGAAAAAUAUAUAAAUAUAUAUAUAUAUACAUGUAUCUCCAUCUUUUCUCCGGCCUGGCUGGCAGUUUGGUUUGUCACUCCUGUUAGCAUUCCAGGAACCCUGAGGGUGGAAGCAUGUUGGGCUCACACGUUCCUGGCCGAUGGCUUCUGGAUGACUCCUCUGGCCCCACAGGCUCAGAGCUUCAGAGGAAGCAGGCUAUGGAGAAGAAGAGUGACCUGCAUCUGCAUAGCUCUGGUUUGGCAGAAGGAGAGAAUACUGGGAGUGGUGGACUUGUUUGGGUUUUUAUACUUCUGCUUUUUAUUUUGGAAAGCUGUGCAGAAAAAAAUUCAACAAAAUGUUGCUUUGAAAAGUAAAAAUCAAAUCUUAAGC